CUCUCUCGUUGUGUCUCAGAUUCAUUGCAUGACCUUUUGAGGUUGCCUCAUUAAAGCCUCCCCGUGUCUCUGUGUCUGCGUGUGUCCCCUGGCAGAGUGAGACGGAGCUUUGGUUUCCCCGGAGAGUUACAUCCGCAGUGACAAGAUGACUCUGGCAGCCUAUAAAGAGAAGGUCAAAGAGCUCCCCCUGGUGUCUCUGUUCUGCUCCUGCCUGAACCCACAGACUGCAGAGAACUCCCCUUACAAAGCAGAAGAUGCGGUGGACCUGGGCUGGUGCGUCAUGAAAGACGUGGAGGUGAUCGAGCUGAACAAGCGGACAUCGGGCCAGGCCUUUGAGGUCAUCCUCAAGCCGCCAUCCUUUGAUGGCCUGCCAGAACUCAACACCUCCAUGCCGCAGCGCCGCGACCCUUCCCUGGAGGAAAUUCAAAAGAAGCUGGAGGCAGCUGAGGAGAGACGAAAGUGCCAGGAAGCUGAGCUACUGAAGCACUUGGCAGAGAAGAGGGAACACGAGCGUGAGGUGAUCCAGAAGGCCUUUGAGGAGAACAACAACUUCAUCAAGAACGCCAAGGAGAAGCUGGAGCAGAAGAUGGAGGCCAACAAGGAAAACAGGGAGGCCCUGUUGGCGGCCAUGCUUGAGAGGCUGCAGGAGAAGAAUCGGAUCCGAAGAAAUGUGAAGCAUUCUUGAUCAAAACAAGAAGGAAACGAGAUCACAGGAGGGUCUGAUGUUUUUCCACCAAGAGUUUUGAAUUUUUUUGGAAAGCCUGCAGCCUGUUGUGGAUUUCUACACGCUCUUUGAAGCUUCAUCCAGUCAUUUGGCUUCACACAUUUUCUGCUUGUUGUUCUAACGUGGUUGAUGCUCUGACUAAACUGAGUUUCCAUUGAAAAAGCAAUAUUUGCCAAAUUCAUGUUGCUUUUCAGCACAAGGUUCAAAUUGACUUUAGUUUUGCCUGAACACUAAUUCUGAAAGAAGCUUUUCUUAAAAAUAAAUAAAUAAAUAAAUAAAUAAAUCUGUCUAGCUUCUGGAUUUAAUUCUGGACUUCCAGUGUAUCACACGGCAAAUGUUUGACUU